CUGCAGAACAGUCGCAAGUCCAUCUCUUCCCCCGAAGAACCGACAGCUCUUGACGUCCUCCUCAUGACCAUGCAGGAGAAGUUAGCUUACCACCAGAACAGCAGCCAAGCACUUCCCCCUGGACUUUAUCUGGGUUACCUAAAGCUCUGCAGCGCAGUUGACCAGAUCCGAGUGUUGGUGCCUGAACAAUUGCCUAACAUCUUGUGUCAUGUGAAAAUACGGAGUAAUUCCAACAUAUCUAGAGUCCAUACCUCUUCAGCUAGGAGCUUGGAGAAAGUCAGUAACAAUGCCAAAGAUUUCCGCCUGUACAGUCAGGAAGUUCUGGACUUUGGACGACAGGUCUCCUUCCUUCUGCUUCUUCCCCCUUCAGACGAUGUGUGCACUGCUCCCGGCCAGAAUAACCCUUACACCCCUCGAUCUGGCUUCCUCACCCUUCCUCUUCAGAUCUUCGAGCUAGUUCAUUUCUUCAUUUACGACCAUGAGUUCAUUAGCCAGUAUUGCCAAGUAUCUGCAUUUCUGGAGCUGGAAUCUCUCCUUUCUCAACAGAGCCUCCGAGAGGCCUUUUCGGACUCAGAGCUAACGACUGCCAAGCAGCGGCAUCAGCAAGUUCAGGAUUAUAUUCAGCAAAUGGAAGAGAUUUGGCGAGAAAUGCGUUGGAUGAUGGACGCCUUGCAACACGCCCGAUACAAGCAACCAUCUUGUGGCGUCCCACUUGGGUGGUUCGUCAAAGAAUCGAGCACAGCACAAAAUGAAAAAACUCAGUCCACCUCUUCUCACUUAGACUUCCUUCCAUCGCCAACCCCAUCUCCGGAUAUGAACCGUAAGCUCAACUCUGAUUCCCAUGGGAUCUCAGAUGAGGAGGGCUCCUCAGAAGUGUUCUUAGCUACCGACAGCGAUUAUGACUCCAGCAGUGCCCAGAGCCCUCGAGAACUUGACCUCGUCUACUCUUCUUCGGGACUCGAAUGCUACAGGAGAAGAACCCCCCGCCCCUUUAGGGACAGCGCCCCAGAUGUCCUCCAGAACCACGAGCUCAAAAUGCCCCCCAUCAUGCCUCCGAAGGAACCUCAGCCCCUCUCAGAGCAAUACGACAGUGACUUCGUGCUUCCCAGCCGACAGAUCGAGCUGCUGCGCAUCACGGAGAAAAGGCAGGCAUACUGUGUCCGGACCAGCAGUCUGGAUUUCCCCAAGCCCUUCUGCUUUGGGGCCAGGAAGUCUUGUCCUGGUUCAGUGGACAGCUCUCCGACUGAGAGCAGGACUGCUGGCCACUGCAGCUCUGUGCCAUCUGGAACGAGAUCCACUUUCAGCUCCAGCCACGAUUGGCACGCGGAGAGCUCAGGGGCUGUAUUUCGGACACGUUCAGUAGAGUGGACUCAGACCUUCCAGGAGACAUCUGAGCCGGGGCACGUAGCCAACUGGGGCAGGUUGCCAGGUUCGUUCAUCGUACGGGUGUGCGCUCAAUACGAAACAGGGCUCUCCAAAGAAACCAGCGUCAAGCUGCCCCUCACGAACAAGAUGUCGGCAGAAGAAGUGGUGAAGCUGGUGGUCCAGGAGACGAACGAGAUCUCGCGCAAAGUCCUGGGAAACGCCAGCGCGGUCUGCUACAGCGAGGAACAAUUUGGUCACUUUGCGUUAGUGUUCGUCACGGAGGACGUGGAACAGUGCCUCCCCGACAACUUCCUGCCCCUCUCGCUCCAAAAGGCCUGGCCCAACGGGAGAUUCUGUGUCCGAAUCAAAGACACAUCCCCUCUCUUGUUCCGGUACGGCCCAGCCACGACGGUAUGAGGGCCAGGGACACAUCCAGAAGGAGAACAAAAACACAAGGACCAUCCAACUUCCAACGAGCAGAACGCUCAUCA